AACAUGGAUGGGAGCCCACUCCACACGCAGUUGUUCUCCUUUGAAUUGGAGUACUUUGAAGAGGGAGCCUGCCUUACAUCUGCUUGUCAGUCAUGACAUCUGACAACAUUAAGACAGAACCUAAUAGAAGAGUGUUUCUACGUCUUCCAAAAAAAUACUUGGUUGAUUAUUUCCAAAAGACACCACUGGACCAUGGACUGUUUAUCAAAGACUUAAAUCCCAACAUAAAUGAAGGAUAUUUAAAGGCUUACUUUAGAGAAUAUGGCACCGUCACAUUGUGUGAGAAAUACCCCAAAUCUGCAAAAAAAAGGACAUGUGCCUUUGUGAGGUUUUCUACUGAGGACGAAGCAGACAGAGCAGACUGGGCUGGUCCUCACGAUAUUGGGGGGACAGAGGUGAUAGUGAAACGAGUUGUUUGUGAAAAGAUUGAGGAGACAUCAGAGACUGAGACGCAUGCAGUCCCUGUUAAAGCUGCACCACGCCGUUCCAUGGGUCUGGGCUACAUACUAGAAGAUGCACAGUGGUUAGAGAAUGAGUAAAAUAAAUACAAUAUAACUGUGUACAAAAACUUACUAUGCACUUCACAGUUCUUUUUUAUGAAAGUUUUCUACGUUGCAUUCUGCAUGUACUUUGACAACAUGCUUAUGCCAUUGACUAAUCACAUGUUCUGACUUUUGCACAGCCACUAAUGGUGGCUACACCGUGACUUGUUUCUUUACAAAAUCACACUAACACUGCUGAAAGGUGUAAAAAUUGCCCACAUUGUUGACUCAUAAUUGUGUUCUUAAGAAUAAAAAUAGAUUUAACAAGUUGUUUGGACUGUCGUUAGUUUGUCUUAAAGCACGUCUUCAUUUGGAGGAACAUCUCAUUAAAUGUGAAGACGUAAUGAACUACAGUCACAAAUAUAAUUUAAGCAGAAAAUAGUAUGUGGGGAAACUAGGUAAUUAUUAAAUUAGUCUGAGAGAACUAAAACAUUUUUUAUUCAAUUCAAAUCAUAGCACCACCAUUUUUACUUUUUUUUAAAAACUCAUUUUUAUUUCAUUUUUUAUUUGCACCUUAUUCUAAUUUCACUUGGACUCUUAUUUCUCUGUUUUCUAUUUCCUUCUUUCUCACUGUAUGUAAUUGUUUUAAGUAUAGACAUACAUGUCUAUAUAUGUUUAUUGGUGUUAAGGAGCACUGCACUGCAGUUAUUAAAGUGUUUCUGAUUCAGAUUAAAUAGGAAGCCGUAAUCGAAACAGGGCGGUUGUAGUGACGUCAAAUAUUAACAGCCAAUCCCUGCGCAGAGCGCCAACUUGCACUCCAGCGUCAAACUAUGGCGGAGAACGAGGAAGAAAUUUUCUUUAAAAAGGAAACCAUACAAAAAAUCUUAUCGAGCUCUUUCAAGGAGGACAAAACCAAACUAAGUGGUGAUGCUGCACUGCUCAUGGCAGAGAUGUUGAAAGUGUUUGUACAAGAGGCUGUGGUGAGAUCACUGAAACAAGCUGAAUCAGAGGACUGUGACCAAGUAGAGAUUGAGCAUUUUGAAAAGAUCCUACCUCAGCUUCUGCUGGACUUUUAGCACAACCACAAGAUGGAGUCAGAGUGCUGAUUUCCUCCACUUUCUUUUGCUUUACAGAUGUGUAAUAUUUCAUUACAAUUUCAUAUGUACCCAUAUCUACAUUUACAGUAGGAUUCUUGUUCUGUAUUCUUUGUUAAAUUUAUGAUUACAUGAAAAUAAAAAGAAACUAUGUUUUCCA